UGACGCAGUGUUUGUGCGCGCGCAGUGCUGAACCCCACAGUAAUGUCAGUGUGCUCCUCAGCGUUAUAACACUCCGCGAUGCACCGCGCCCUCAGUAAGGCUCUGCGCAGCGCUGCGUCAAUCAGCCCGAGUCCCGGAGCGGCGCUCAGACACGUCACGGGCCACCGGCAGCACGGAGAUGUGUGUGAUGUUGCAGUGGUGGGCGGUGGAAUUGUGGGAUUGGCUGCAGCCAGAGAGCUGAUCCUGAGACACCCGGACCUCAGCUUCACCCUGCUGGAGAAAGAGAAAGAGCUCGCAUGGCACCAGUCGGGGCGUAACAGUGGGGUGAUCCACAGCGGUGUGUAUUACACUCCCGGCUCUCUGAAGGCUCGGCUGUGUGUGAGAGGAGCGGCUCUGGCCUACGAGUACUUCGAUAGGAAGAACAUCCCGUACAAGAAGUGUGGCAAACUGAUUGUAGCGGUGGACAGGGAGGAGGUUCCGCGUCUGAAAGCUCUGUAUGAACGCGGACAGAAGAACGAGGUGAAAGACCUGACGAUGAUUAGCGCCAAAGAGAUCAGAGAGAGAGAACCUUACUGCAGGGGGGUCAUGGCCCUGGACUCGCCCCACACAGGGAUAGUGGACUGGCGUGUGGUGUGUUUGUCGUACGCUGCAGAUUUCCAGCAGGCCGGAGGCUCCAUCAGGACCAACUUCACCGUCUCAGACAUCAAACCUGCAGCGGAGAGUCCGGCUCCGAGCUCUGAAGGUCUGAAAUAUCCCGUUAUCAUCAGGAGCGCAAAGGGAGAGGAGGUGCUCUGUCGGUUCGUGUUGACUUGCGGGGGUCUUUACUCCGAUCGUCUCUCUGAGAUCUCAGGCUGCAGCCCUGAGCCGCGCAUCGUACCCUUCAGAGGGGAUUAUCUAGUGCUGAAACCUGAGAAGAACUACCUCAUCAAGGGCAACAUCUACCCUGUUCCAGAUCCUCGGUUCCCGUUCCUCGGGGUUCACUUCACCCCCCGUAUGGAUGGCAGUGUGUGGCUCGGACCGAACGCUGUGCUGGCGUUUAAACGUGAGGGAUACACACUGACUGACUUCAACACACACGACCUCACGGACGCACUCGCCUUCAGGGGUCUGCAGAGGUUGGUGAUGAAGAACGUGUGGUUUGGUUUAGGUGAGAUGUACAGAGGGACGUUUAUCAGUGCUCAGGUGAAGCUCCUGCAGAAAUACGUACCUGAACUCCAACCAAAUGAUGUCAUCAGGGGUCCAUCAGGAGUGCGCGCUCAGGCUCUGGACCGUGACGGGAACCUGGUGGACGACUUCGUGUUUGACGGUGGUGUGGGGGAGCUCGGCAGUCGGGUGUUACACGUACGGAACGCACCGUCGCCCGCGGCGACCUCCUCCCUCGCCAUCGGAAUGGCCAUCGCCGACGAGCUGGAGGCGCGGUUUGCUCUGUAGACACGCCCACAUCCGUGAGGGACGGUCACAGAGACGUCCCUGUGUAACACUAGUCAAGUGCUUUUUGAUCUGUUCGUCUUCUCAGUGAUGUCAUCACAAAUGUUGUGUUAUUGGUUGAAAUCAGUCACCUGACCCUGAUUAGACCUCGUUAUUGAUGAGAGAUUUAUAAAUUAGAAUAAAUAUUACAUCAUGAGGAGUUUUUAUCCAGCUUGGUAAUUUACUGAGGCUGAGCUGGACUGUUUCUUCAUCAUCAUCAUAAUGAAACUUUUUAAAGUUUUGAGAAAUAAUUGUACCGGCUGCACUGAUGAAUAAAUCACUAUUUUUGCGGA